AUUCAUACAAAAUAAAAAAAUACAAUGAAAUCUUUUUUAAUUUCAACUCUUAUGCUAUGUAUUACUGUAGUUAGCUCGCAAGGAGAGGGGUAUCCAGGGAAUCCUUGUGAAAAGGUAUCUGCAAGCUGUGAUCCUAUCAUUCCAGGUUUUUGUAGUGAUCGUUAUGAUGUUCCAGUAAAUCUGCCUUGUGGUCCUCGUGGUUACGUUGGUGUUGGCUGUUGUUGGCAUGCUCCUCCACCAUCUUAAAGUUUAAAAAAAUAUUAUUAUUUUAUGCAUAAUAUAAUAAAUGUUCUUGGAGCUUUCCAAAGUCGAAGAUAA